AUGUCGGCCCUCGAGGCCGGCGCUUGCGCGCUCGCAGAGGUGGUGAACUGCGCGUGCGAGACAGAGGAAGAGGCCCGCAGCCUCAUUAGUGCGUGGAACGCGGCUCAAGAGACGUUCCCCGCAGCACUGCAUCUCUUCCCGGCCUCGUGCGGGCCGCACGAAGCUCCGGAUCACACGUCGGAAGACGAACGUGACGGGCAAAGCGACAAGAUCCUCGACCGCCUCGUUCGAGCCGUGGAGUCCGAGCCGUUCCUGGAGAAACUGCAGGCUUCGAUAUGUGCGAUCGAGCACCAGCACUGCUACCCCGACGUCGUCGUCCCGAAAUCCUUCCUGCUCCCAGAGAACAAGGCGGUUGCAGCCGGCGACGCCCCGCUGGAGAUCGAGCGAGACACGGGUGCGACGCAGCAGGCAACGGCCGACGGGCCCGCCGAGCCGAGCGAACACGCGGAGGGGGCGCAGCCGUCCACUCGGGGCAGCACUGAAAGGCACAGCGUUGACUCGGACUACGUGUACGUUGACGACGAGGAGCUGGUGUCGUCGAUGGCGGCGUUCAUCGCGGCGCACCUGGCGCAGGACCCGCGGUCGCGCAACAUGAAGCCCGCCGACCUGCAGAAGGCCGUCAAGAUCGCCGUCGAGGAGCUGCAGAAGUCGCGCCUGCAGCGGCUGUGGAGCUGGGGCAAGUUCGCGUGGAGGACGGGCGCCGCCACGCUCGGAGCCUUCCACGCCUUCUCGAACCCCUGGAUAGUGCGCGGGAUGCUGCAGUGCCUCUACCUCAUCGGACGGCUUGGACUUCCGGGGUCCUGA